UCUCAAGACAUAAGAGGCACUCGGUCCUCCCUGUGCUCCAAAGACAUAUAGACUGCGUCUGUAUUCACCCCUCUGCUGCAUGCACCUCUUCAAGCUACCGAUACCCAGCGCGCUGCACCCGAAAUUCUGACCGUCGACACCCAUCCCAAAUGGCCCGACUGCCAAAACACCACCAAAGCACCACCCAAACACCAACGUCCUCACACGCGAUACAAUUUCGCAAGUCAACCCAUUAUGCCGCUAUCGGAGCUCCAAUACUCAUAUCUUGAUUCGAGGAGCCUUUGUGGGUCUGCGGGGGUCGCCGACGGACUUGAUGCUUUGACCUCUGGGGAAGACUCCACUGCAAAGUUUUCAUGUGGUAAUAGUUUCCCACCGCGAACAUGGAUUCAAAGUCCAGAACCACGCAGCUGGGAAAUAGAAUUUGACGGAUCCCUGGGGUCUGGGGAAAGAGUGGGGUUGGAAAUGUUGUGCGAUGCAGUCGUGUGGGCUUCGAAACGAUACUUCGCUAUCUGCUACGGCCCUCUGAUGGGAAUACUGCACUCUCACAGAUUCAUGCAACCAGUGGCAGAUAGUUUCAAAUGCCGCCAAUUGUUACAAAAGCUCCGGUACCACCAGUGGGAUGCUGAUCCACAGAGGAUAGAUAGUCGCACGACCCAAUCAUGGAAACUACCGACCAAAUCGUUGACUAUCAUCAAUAUUAAGGAGAUAUAUAUGGUAAAAUUAGUCACAUCUGUCACAUACGGCCAUAGGGCCUUGAAGACAAGUUCUCCUGUCCGAUCCGCCCUCUGUCAAGGUACCAUUUUGAGGAUUCGGUUGCCUGCAUUCACGUUUCGGUAUCCGCGAACCCGUCCUCACCACGACCGACUACCAUUUUUGGGUCUAUUUAUUCACAAAACACGAAUCUGAAGCCAGUUCUGCAUGUUCGCGGACGCCGUCAUGCGUUGUGUCUAUUUUCGCAGCCUACAGAGCUGCGUUGCUUCAGGCAGCUGCCCAUAGCCAUCGCUCCGCACACCUUUGACCUCCCGCUUCUCCUUGACCGCACUUAGAUCUCCCAAUCCCAGCUACACACGUUAUCUCAUCUUGUAUCUUUGGCGCUGUGAGCUUAGGU